CAAAAUAGUUUUACAAAACACACGUCCUUUAAAUGUCAACCCACCGCAAAAAUUCGUUGUUACUCUUCAUGGAAUUCUUAAAAUGUAUAAAAUCGCCGAUGAUUUGAAUCGAUUAGUUUAGUGUUCUUUGACAGAUCACAAGGGAUUUUUUGAACCAUUAUGAAUAUCGCGACGAGUUUUUGGAUCGUAUUUUGGGUCGGUGUGUCGGUCCAAGGCAGAGAACUCAGUUCUGUGUAUAUGAAAACGUCAAAAUCGGACGAUCAAGCGAUGCUAGGCUCUGAAUUCUCUUAUGGAGCGGAGAUUCCUGCGGAUUUGUACGAGAGUGAUAGUGUAGAGUCUCCUAAGACACCGGUCAACUUCGAAAAUGACCCUGCUUUCGUAGAAAGAUACGCUAAAGCUGUUCCAAUAUCAUCAUACGAGGUUCGACAAUUGCUACCUCAAGAAAAAGUGCAGUAUGUUCCAUAUUCUAUUGUGGAUUAUUACAAAAACCUUGGGGCUCCCCAAGCUGCUGGUUAUGGCCAAGGCAACUACAUAACAAAAUUCAUCGACGAACAUGGAAACGUAUACGACUUGACUGACGUCACAAAAUACGGCGUAGCAGACAAAUCAGGGUUCGAUACGGUUCGUCAAUUCGACAAGAAACUAAAAGGCAAACAUUCCAACAGCGAAAACAAAGCCUAUUAUGACGCGAAAGGAGGAAAAAAGGAAAAAGCAUUGGAAAAGGACGGAAAUUAUGCAGUCAGCGACCAAUACGGAACAGUCAACCAAGGAGGAUCAUUUGCGGAGAAAAAAGGACAUAAAAAGGGUGGAAAUACCAGCGGGUAUCACAAAAUCUACCGGAAAAAUGACUAUAACAAACAACAUAAGUUCUACGAUGUUGCCGACAGGCGAGGACAUUUCAGAAAAUACGGCAAUCUGAACGCCAAAGAAGGCUCAGGAAGUGGAUAUUACGUAAAGGGCAAUAAUAGAGGAGAACGGUAUGAUGGAAAGAAAGUCAGUGCAAAAGGUGUCAAGGACAAAGGUUAUUUAGAUGAAUAUUUAAAAAAUUAUAAAGGCGCUAGUGGAAAGGACGCUUUCGUGAAGGAAUACGCUAAUUUUGAUAAAGAUGAGGGUAGUGAAAAAGCGCAGCAACAGUAUAGUGCAGAUGUUCUAAAAUAAGUUCUUUUAUGAAAGCCAUAUAUUGACAUAGUAGACUUAAGUAUGUGUUUUUA